UUUGCAUGCCAAAUGUGUCCAUCUCUUUCCCUUUUCCUCCAAAACACCUCUUCCAACCUCACCGGUUUCAGUGUGUCACCGUUCCCUGCUAUUAAUGCAGGCGGUGAAGCAUCAAGAAUGGACCAUCAAGGUUCAUGCCAAGGCCAAGUACUUCCAUUUCCAGAUCAGAGGCUCAAGAUUUCUACCCAAUUGGAGAUUCUCCUUUCAUCUUAAGCUCCGGAAACUAAUCUUGAAGAUCGAAUCAAAAGUUGAACCUGAAUCAGGGCAGAAGCGAAGAAGGAACUCGAUAAAAUCAAAAUUCCUCCGGUUUCUUGGUGCUUUUGGGAUGAAGAAACUUGCUUUUCUGAAUAAGAAAUCGAAAUCUGGUUUUCCAGGGAGACGGCAAGGCCGGUUUAUUUCUCAGGUUGUAGCUUCAAGGUUUUCUCAAUAUAUGGUGUGGAAUAAACUAAAUGGACUCCUCCUUUUACUUUUGCCACCCUUCUUUCUAUACAUGGUAAGAUCAAGUGACCUUGUCAAUUUCUUAAUCCUUCUAAUUGAAGCCUUGGGGAGCUCAGCAGAACAUUCCUAAGAUUAUAACUUGAGAACACCUAGCUUCUUACAGCUUAGAAGCUUAAUUUAAAAUGUGAUAGUUUUGUUGAACCAAGUGUAUUCAUGAAUUUAAUAUAUAGAUUCAAGUGUGA